UGUAUUGUAUUUAACAAUGGUAGCAAUUAUAUCCCCCACAUCACCAAGUCUCCAUAAUCUCUAAACAAGACUUUUGCCUUACCCCACUGAACGGCAUAGGCAUAACUUAUUGAGAGCAAUCUUAGUUGGAGUCAUAGUUAAUGCUGUGAAACUAUAUAAAGUGAGUAAUAACUGCACUUUAGUAACAAUAGUUGAAAGUAACCACUAUAAAAUGAACGUACCCACCAAUAAAUGCUUAAUUGUAGGAGACAUCAGUGUCGGUAAAACCAGUCUAACUAGUCGUUUGAUUACUGGAGUUUCUCCUGAUCCUACUGAUACUAUUCCUGAUGUUCAUGAAGUUCAUUCUGUUGAACUGAAGAUAGGCGAGAGAGUUGUGGCACUACUAUUAACAGAUACAGGAAGUUCACCUGAUUCACAGAAGUUGUAUGAACAUGCUGCCGUGGUAUUUAUCUGUUUUGCUAUCAAUGAUGUAACUUCUUUCGAUCAUGUUAAGAGUCAAUGGUUAGAUGUUGUUAGGAGUCAUACCAAGAGUGACGUUCCUAUCUUUCUAGUAGGAUGUAAGAGUGAUCUUCGAGCUGAAGAAGGUCAUAUUGUUGUGGAAAACAGAACAGCUCGUGCCUUGGCUACUGAAAUAGGAGCUAUAAAUUAUAUCGAGACUUCCAGCUAUACUGGUAAGGGCACUAAGGAGUUGAUAGACGAGGCAACACAGGCUCUGUUUCCUAAAAAAGUGUCCAAACCACUCCGCUAUAAAUGUAUUCUUCAGUAGCGAUUCACGUGAUAACUUUACUACUACGAGCGACUUCUCUGUGUAUAGUAUAAUACAUAUAUGUUUGUAUGAUAAAAGAGUGGUUGCAAGUUGCAAGUUGACGGUUAGGGCAAUCCAACUGGUAGCGCUGCUUUUUUU